AUGGACUCCACAUCAGCUGCUGAUAACAUAAGGGAAGAUGCUGUGAGCAAGGUUUUGGGAAAAGACAAACCUGGACGAGUAAGGGGCUUUGGUAGAGGGAUUACAGCUAAUAAGCUAGCAUAUCUGCAAUUUAGAGACGCUAAGAUUGCAGAAAUGAAAAGUGAGAUUGAAGAGUUAAAGGGGAUGGUGCGAGAAUUAGCUGAGAAGAAGAAAAGUAAUGUUGAUGCUGAAACAUCUGAGAGUAGUGGUGGAUUCAAAGAAGGAGUCAGAGUACAAAUACUGGAUUGGAUUGAAUCAGAGGAUGUUGUUGUUGGUGAAGGAGAAUUCUGCUCUGCUGAACCGAAGUACAAAAUUGGUCGUAUACCAAUUGGUCCUAAUGCAGUGGCUAUCGUAGUUAAGUAUGCACUAAGCGCAUCAGCUUCACUCUGGAGGCCUACUACGGAUGUGUUAACUCUUGAUGAAGCUGUGGGAUACAAGAUAUCUUGGCCAAUGGAUAAAGUGAUUUUGGAUAAGGAUCCAAACUGUUCUGAAGAUUUAUCUAUGCAAAGCAAGGAAGGUGAAUAUCGAAGAUGCAAGAUAUAUGAUUGGACCAAUGAUGGGACGAGGUCAUUGCUGAAGGUCUCUGUCGAAGUAGUGAAGGUGUUCAAUGAUCAAGCAUAUUUGUGGAGGCCAACCGCUGAUAUGUUCUUGAUUGGUGAUGCACUUAGCGAGAAAAUAGCAUGGCCAGUCCUAAAGGUUGAAGUCAUGCCUACACCUGCUACAGAAGUAACACCAACUAAAUGUGCAGGGAAGAAAAUAGCAUCACCUUCGAAGCCAGCCAAGAAAAAAGCAGUGAGUCCAGGCAGCACUAGUUCGACCAGAAGUCCGAAGCAGAAGUGCACUCUCUUGGAUUGCAACAACUCUGGACGUAAGGUAGCUGAAGGAAGGGUAGCUUCAACGGAUCCGAAUGAGUUGUGCCACUUUGUACCCCUAGGUCCAAAUGCAAGCAAGGUGUGGAUUGAUGUGGCUAAGAUCGGUGAUGCAAAAGUCUGGAGGCCAAAUUCAGAGAUUGAAUACAUAUCUGAUGCAAUGGGUUCGGUUGUGGCAUGGCCAAAUGACAAAAUCAAGUUUGUCUAA